UUCUCUCCUCACAAGCUGUCACGCUGACAGCUCGUGAGGAGUGGAGAGCCGGUAAUUAGCAUCCCUCAGAAGGGACAUGUACACUGAUCAUCAGAGCACUGAUAAUCAGUGUAGCCCCAGCAGUGCCACCUGUCAGUGUCCAUCAAUGCCACCUGCCAGUGCAACAUCAAUGCCACCUGCCAGUGCCUACCGAUCGGUGCCCAGCAGUGCCACCCGCAAGUUCCGCCCACCUGUGCCCAGCAGUGCGCCCACUAGCUCCGCCCACCUGUGCCCAGCAGAUCACCCUCCUGUGCCCAGCAGAUCACCCACCUGUGCC